UUUUCAGCUGCAAUCUGAUGGGACAUUUCUCAUAAAUGUAGCUCUGACUCAGCUUUUAGACCUAACCGAGAUAACAGUAGAAGUGUUUCAUAACAUCGAGUGUGCGGCGGAGGCACAUAAACACAUCAAGUGCUCUUCACUCCACUCCGGCCGUCAUGGCUCUUCUGUCAGUCCUCACGCCUGUUCUGGCAGCGGUGUUGUGCAUGGUGAUGGGCUUUAUGUUUGUGAAAUCACGGCAAACGGAGACCACCUCCCAGGGCAAAACUAAGGGGGGCUCGAAGGCGGGCUUUAGACCGUGGGUGGACCAGGAUUUACAGGACGACACAGAAAUCCCCUCAAAAGAAGCCGAAGAUAAUGAAUGGGCAGACAACACUGAAGAGGAGGAGGACCUUCCACAUGUGCCCUACUCACCACCAUGUUACCCCGAGGAGAAGAUGCUGCAGAGAUCUCAGGAGUUUUACACUCUGAUGAACCAGCGGAGGUCUGUCCGAUUCAUCAGCCCAGAGCCGGUCCCACGAGAAGUCAUCGAUAACGUCAUCCACACUGCAGGUACGGCCCCUAGCGGAGCGCACACGGAGCCCUGGACGUUUAUCGUGGUGUCAGACCCAGAGACAAAGCACCAGGUCAGACUGAUAGUGGAGGAAGAGGAGGAGGUCAACUACCGUCAGAGGAUGGGAGACAAGUGGGUCCAUGAUUUGGCCAAAUUAAGGACGAACUGGAUUAAGGAGUACUUGGAUGAAGCUCCAUACCUGAUCCUCAUCUUCAAACAGACCUAUGGGAUUCUACCAAACGGCAAGAAAAAGACACACUACUACAAUGAAAUCAGUGUCUCCAUAUCCUGUGGGAUCCUGUUGGCUGCAUUACAGAACGUGGGCCUUGUUACCGUUACCUCGACACCCCUUAACUGCGGCCCCCAGCUCAGGCUGCUCCUCAAACGACCAGCCAAUGAGAAGCUGCUGAUGCUACUUCCUGUGGGUUACCCUGCUUCUGACGCCACUGUGCCUGACUUGAAUCGCAAGCCUCUGGAUGAUAUUAUGGUGCACAUGUGAGAGAGUCAAUCUGCAGGGAAAAUAAACUGCAAAAAUCCAAAAUGAUCUUGUUUGCCUAGCUGAGAAUGCAAUGAAACAUAGAACUAGUAUAUCUAAGAAAUGCUUUUUGUGCAAUCAAAAGUGGAGCCUUCAUUAUAAACCCUUGACUAACAACAUGGCUCAACUGUCAAACAUCUGCAGACAGUUGAGGGAUGGGAAAAUAAGAAGAAUCCUAAAGAGUUUCCUUAUGUAGUACUACCUCUUAUUCCUUGCUAACACCAAACAAAUAUAAUAAAUGUAAUUCUUUUUAUUCAAUUUAUUCAAUUUUAUAAUGAUAGCAUACAGUAUUUUACAGUCAGUUUUUGUAGUUCCCUUCAUAAACUUAGCACACCAUAAAGUUUACAAACACAGAGGUGUAUUAACCUUUUACAUGGGUUGUGAUCUCAUUGAGCAUUAUAUGAUGGGCCAGUGGUAGCCUACAAACAUUAAAUCAAUCAAAUAAGCACAAUGUGCAGGCAUUUAAAGGUGAACAGCAUUGACUUUUUAAAAAAGUCCCUUACCAAACAAACUGAGAUCCAGAUGUUUUCCAGCACUGCUGCUGAGAGUAAAAUACAGUCCGUUUUGAAUUGUUUGCUUUAGUAACGCUUGUGUAAUCUGUUUUGAGUAAUAACCGUGCUUGCUGAAUUGUUGCAAAAUGUAAUGUCCUUGUCCUAGUCUGACCAAUGUUAGAUUUUUUAGGCUGAUACCGAUAUCAGUGUUAAAAAUCUAAUGACAGCAGAUCGACUCUCUCUCUUUUUUUUUUUUAAAUAAUUGUGACCAAGAUAUGUACUGAGUGAGAUAUUUUAAAGUUGAAAAAUAAACUUGUCUGUGCUCUCUGCUGGGCAAACUAUGUAACAGUGUCACUGUUUCUACAUUACUUUCGACAUAUUUCGUACUGCUAUUUCUUGUGAUUUACAGGCUGACAUACAUAGAUAUCUGUCUGAUUUUUCGGUGAAGUUUUACCUUACAGAAAGUUAAAUAAUAAUAAAUUGCCUACAUG